UAUAAAUAUUGUUAAUUAAUAAUUAUAGUUUCUUUUUUCUGUUUGUACUUUGUUUCUGUGUUGCUGGUUUCACACACUUGUUUUGUUUGCAUUAUCCUUUAGGGUUACGAUCCAGGUUCCUUCACUCCAGGAAGUCCAGGUCCAUUCGGCGGCCUCAGCUCUUAAUAAUUCAUAUAAUAUAUGUUGUGCACAUAAAGUUGGUUUUGCAAUUGUCAUAAAAUGGAGGAUGCCCUGGAUUACUUCUAUGACCGAAAUAAGUUUUUCGAUGAAUUGUCUCAGAGCAUUGAGAGAAAAAAGUUGUCCAAGAAUGCAGCGUUUACUAAUUACUUUAAGUUUGAGUUUAAAGAUGUUGUCCAACACAAUGGUUUAAACGAUGAAGAAAUGACUAUUAUAUGUAAAUUGCUUUGUACUGUCGAUUUGAAUUUAUUCAACUUCAAACAAUUUCUCUUAGUAUUCGUACCAGAAGAACCUACGAUACCGUCUAAACUAUGCGAGGACCUUAUAAUUUGGAGUUUAUCGGUGUACCGAAAAAAUGAUAUUGAAUGUAAAAAAGUUCAUUAUUUUUUUAAUUGGCUCCUGUACGUAGUCGAAGAAAAGUUAACAAAUUUAGACGCCAUCGAUAAAUAUUAUAAUUUUCUUUUCAUGCUCUGCAAUAUUGGAAAUCUAUGUCAACCGGUUGCCGGUAUCGUUUAUUGUCUGACCAAACCCGAAGACGUACAAAAAUGGAUGAUUACGCGAUGCAAAAUCCACAAGCACGUGCACAAGAAUCAACCGCACAUCGAUAAAUUGCUAGCUUUAUUCGAAAGUUUAAGUACAGUUCAAGAAACUCGUUGCAAAGGCCUUUUCGACAACAAGACAAAGUACUAUACGGAACUGGCGUUUGGACUACGCAGCGUCCGCAAAGAAAUCGCGUACCCGCAUGCGUCGACCUAUUCUCGGCAACUUACAGAAUUCAGAAGACAAAAUUUCGACGGCGUUUCGUUUAGUAAAAUCCAUAUUAACAACGAAAAACCUAAAUUCGUUUUGCCCAGCGCUAAAGAUUUAGCAAAAGCUUAUAUGAGACCGAGUAUUUCCAACAACAGUUUGUUGCAUUUGAACAAUAUCAGCGGCUGGUGCAAACUACUGAUGAACACCGACGAACAAUUGAACCUACAACAGAGAUUUUCAAACAAUUUGGCUCACACGCUCGACCAAAUUUUGAAAAACGAACUGAAUUGGCCGGAGCCGAAGAAAAAGAAGUUUCUGUACGAUAUUUUGCAAUUUCAAAAAUUCGCUCAUCGCGGCUUGGCGGCAGUGAACGGAUUCAUUUUCCAAUAUCUGCUGUCGUGGGACGGCAUACAGUACGUUCGAAUCGUCUACGAACUCUUUGAGUAUUUGUCGUUCACGUCGGAAGAAGAACUGAAGAUAAGGUUUUUGGAAAAACUACACGCUUUGUUUAUUUCCGGCGACGAGAUAAUGUACAAAAUGAUUAUAACUUCGUUGACCAACCUGGUCUGUAACUUGCAUUUAAACGCGAGACAAACCAAAACCGUUUGCGAAUGCAAAUUGUUCGGACCGAAAUUAAGAGAAACGACCGAGUUUGAAAUAGUCAAAAGUCUAAUAGAGUACGUGUCGCACUGUUGUUCCAUGUGUGUCUACCAUUAUCCCGAAGACGAACAACUCAAGCACACGGUCUAUACGUUUUUCGAAAAGGUAUCGGUUUUGGAAAACCUCGAACCCGCGGUUUGGCCGUUUUGGACCAUCAUGCCGCCCAAUGUGUUCUACAACGGACUUAUGUCGAUCAAUCUAUGCUGGUUGGACAGACUGGCCAAACUCAUGUUGAGGCAUAUCAAUUACGACACCGACAGGAUAGCGGAAAUAAGCGAAACCGCGUGGAUCGAAAAGACUCUACGCAGAUUCGAGUUGUACAUGGCCGAUUUGUACAACGCUCUACGUCUCGGAAAGUUGUUUGACAAACGCAAAGAAGGAUUUUUGUUCAGCAACUUGAACGAGUGCGAAAUCGAAAAAGACUUGAGAAUGGUCAAUUUGAACUUGUGUUUUCAUUUGGAAAAACACAUUGCCUUGGCGCCGUAUUUCAUGAAAAUCGGAAACGCGAACAAGCACCCGAUGGACAUACUUCAAACUGAGGCUCCCAACGUGUACAACUUGCUCUCGAUACUCGACGAAAAGUUACAAAUGGAAGACUCGUAUGAUUCGCAAACGUAACGACGUACAAACCGUUAUUUUAUGUUUCUAAAAAUCAUUCGAAUUACUGCCACGUGUUAUUAUAAUUUUUUUUUAUAUAGUAUUAAGAAACUUGAUAAAAUGAUUAGUAUCUAAUUCAUUUUUACUUGUUAGCAAUUUAUUAUUUUUAGUUGUGAGUUUUAAACUUAAGU